UUGGCAGCUGCAUGAUAAAUCCAGCGGCACUCUCCUCCUAUAUAUCCAUUUCUCAAAAGACCUUCUGACCAAAGAGGUGGUGGAGAAGACAAGCGAUCGCAAGGAUGAGGCCUUCGACGGCAGCGUCAACCGCCGGGCGAAUGCCCCAAAGGCUUGUCCUCGUUGCGUUCAUGGGGUGCCUGCUCAUGAUCAUCCCCUGCUUAUUCGUUGCAGUGUGGAAGCCAAAGUUGGACUCUCUCUCGUCUCCAAAUCUGCAGCUAUCCGUGACGACCAGCAUAAAAAUACAAGCCGUCCGAGAGAGUUCCAGCAUCUCCGAUCCGUCCGGUAGUGAAAUGGUGGUGAUGCCAAUUUCUGUCAAUGAGGAUGAAGCAGAGUUAACCAAUGGUUAGCGAAAAUUAUGAACUCACAGAAAAAAAAAAAAAACUGAGAUCAUAAGGAUGCCUCCUCCUGAAGAAGAGAAGGGAAGAGUAAAUAUGACAUUCACAGAGGCUGAAUUCUCAAACUCAACCAUGGAUGAAGAGCAGAAGAAUAAUGAUAAUGGAAUUUACCCUACAACAAAUGUCAAAGAUGCAACAAAGCCUAAACAAGAAUUUAUCUUAGCAACAGGGAAACCUAAAGCAGAAGAAGGAACACAAGAAAUUACCUCACAGACUGAGGGAGUUGCAGAGAGAAAGAUAACCUGUGAUCUAUCCGAGCGUCGAUCCGAUACUUGUGUCAUGCAUGGUGAUGUGAGAGUUCUUGGAUACUCGUCUUCGAUCAUCUUGUCCAAAGCACCACAAGCAGAUGCUCCCGGAGAAGAGAAUACUUGGAAGAUCAGACCGUAUGCUAGAAAAUGGGAGUCCCCAUUGAUGGAAAUUAUCAGAGAACUCACCCUCAAAGAAUCCACAAAGCCAGCUGAUACCCCCCAGUGCGCAGUUCAUCACACGGUCCCUGCCAUCGUCUUCUCCACCGGCGGAUUCCUUGGCAACUUCUUCCAUGACUUCACUGAUGUGCUGAUCCCCCUCUUCACGACCGCACGUCAGUACAGAGGAGAAGCCCAGUUCUUGGUGACCAACUUCAACUACGGCUGGAUCAAGAAGUAUGAGCAGAUUCUACGACGGCUUUCGCAUUACCAAAUCAUCGAUCUGGAUCGAGACGGCAGGGUGCAUUGCUUUCGACAUGUUCAUGUCGGUCUCUUGAGCCACAAGGAGUUGAGCAUGGAUCCUGCCAAGUCUCCAAAUGGCUACUCCAUGGCAGACUUCAGGGAGUUCUUGAGGUCAUGCUUCUCUCUGAAGAGGAAGUCCGUCAGCGCCGGCAACAGGAAGCCGAGACUGCUGAUGAUCAACAGAAAGGGGCCGAGGUCCUUCACCAACAGAAGGGAAGUGGCGUCGCUGGCACGAAGCUUGGGCUACAAAGUGGUGGUCGCCGGCCCUGAGGAGACGAAGAACCUGUCGAGGUUUGCACGCGUGGUCAACUCCUGCGACGUGAUGAUGGGCGUGCACGGCGCAGGGCUGACCAACAUGCUCUUCCUGCCCACCGACGCAGCGCUGGUGCAGGUAAUCCCAUGGGGCGGGUUGAAGUACGCCUGCGGCCAUGACUUCGGAGAGCCUGCACCGGACAUGGGAAUCAGGUACUUGGAGUAUGAGAUCAAAGAAGGCGAGAGCUCACUGAUGCGGCAGUACCCGAGAAGCCAUCCAGUGUUCACAGAUCCUCUUUCGAUUCACAAACAAGGUUGGAAUGUCCUCUGGUCCGUCUUCCUCAACAAACAGAGUGUGAGGCUCGAUGUCAGAAGGUUCAAAGGCGUCCUGCAAGAAGCCAUGAACGCACUGCCUCAUUAGGAGGAAGUCAGUGUUCCACUCAGGUUGAUUUGAUUCUAUUCUUCAUCGAUGUAUAUAGAACAUUGUUUAUCGAAUACAUUGAAUUGAAGAGCAAAAACGAGUUGCGAGGGCACACCUUAUUGGUUCCCAGCCAUGGUUGCCACAAUACAGGGUGUCCAUGUUGUACUCGGUUACCGAUGCUUGAGUUCGUUAGCUCUUGUGGGACCCAGUUACGAGAGCCAACGAGAGAAGGCCCUCUCUUGUUUGGUCGCUCGGCUAAGACAUCGGAGCCGCACCUCCACGGUUUUGCGUGAUCAUUUAAGGCGAAACCCAACCGCCAUCGGAUCAUUUGCAUAUCUCUGUUUGGAACAGUUGAGAGAGAGACAUAGAGAGAGAGAGAGACGAUCGCAACGAGAUCAACGAAGAGGAUACGGCCGAGCAGAUUGCCGUAGAGGCAUCCACCCAAUAUUACAGGUCACUCGAUUCCUGCCCCUCCUUCCUCUCUUUCUCCUCUCCUUUUGUCGUCGGGGUCUCAUUUUAGGGUUUCGAAUAAUUCUUUUUCUUGUAAUUUCUUGAUUUCUUCUUGGAGGAUCUUCAAAAUA